AUGUUAAGUUGGAGCCUAGUGCCCAUGAAGAGUGCGCUGCUGGACCAGAUACCUGAAGAGCCACACAUUUUGGACCCUUGGAGCAUAAGUCUCUCCAUCCAGCUGCCAGAACCCUCGGGAAGACUUUUGCAGCGAAGCUUCCUGCUAAGCCACUCGCUCAAGUAUCUACACUACUAUGUUCUGAUUCAACAAGACGCACCCACCAACUUCAACAUCUUCAUAAAAGACACGGAGCGACGGGUGCCCUGUCAGCCCACGCGCGAGGACCCCGACCCACCGACUUUUGGGGAAUUCGGCCUGUGGAACGGAGCUGAACUGGUUGUUUACGAUUCGGACUACGGCAAACAAUAG